AUGAGUUUUCAACUCGCACGUGAACAAUUUCGUACUAUGAUUUUUUAUGAUUGGAAAAUUGGCUUAAGAUACAAGUAUAGCCAUGCCCGUUUGGUGCAAGCAUGUGGGGAACAAGCACCUUCUGAUCACACAGUCUUCAAUUGGUUUCGUGAAUUUCAACGCGAUAAUUUUAGCGUUCAAGAUGCUCCACGUUCAGGUCGUCCUUCAACAUCUGUUAAUGAGCAAACAAUUGAUGCUGUACGAAAAAUAAUUGAAGAUGAUCCUCAUUCGACGUAUCAAUUUGAAGAAGGUCAGUCUCGUUGUGCAUUUGACAUUAUAACUGGUGAUGAAUCUUGGUUCUACCAUUAUGAUCCCGAAUUAAAAGAACAAUCAAAAGUUUGGAUGCCAACAACUGAUCCACGUCCAACCAAAAUUCAUCGAACCAAAAGUGCCGGGAAAAUAAUGGUGGCUAUUUUUUUCAUGAAAUCCGGUUUAAUUAAGUCUGUUCCAUUAGAAACAGGUGCAACAGUGAACGCAAGCUGGUAUGUCAAUACAUGCUUACCACAAGUCUUCAAAGUUGUAUCUGAACGAAGAGAAACACGAGUUCUUCGAGGUCUCAUCUUUCAUGACGAUAAUACAAGACCGCACCGAGCUUGGAUUACGAACGAAUUUUUGCUGAAAAAUCAUGUAGAACAGUAUCCAAAUCCACCAUAUUCUCCAGGUUUAAGUCCUUGUGACUUCUUCUUAUUCCCGAAGCUCAAGAAUCAGUUACGUGGUAUUCGGUUUAACGACGGCAACGAAAUGUUAACUGCUUUACAACAAGCCAUUGACAGUCUCACGAAAGAAGACUUUAAAAACUGUUUCGAAGACUGAUAUGCAUUUAAUAAAACACUACCUUCUAUUAAAUUCAUAUGUGUACCAAAAAUCAAUAAUAAAAAAGAUGAUGGAAAUAUUACUGAAAGCUGUGUUCAAGAUGCUCCACGUUCAGGUCGUCCUUCAACAUCUGUUAAUGAGCAAACAAUUGAUGCUGUACGAAAAAGAAUUGAAGAUGAUCCUCAUUCAACGUAUCAGCAAAUAGAAAACAUAUUGGGUAUCAGUUCCACAGCAAUUAAUCCGAUUAUUCAUGAUUAUUUAAAUCUAAAAAAAGUUUGUGCGCGGUGGGUACCGCAUAAACUAAUCGACGACCAAAAACAGCUGCGAAUUCAAUUUUACCACCAUUCGCUAAAGAGAUUUGAAGAAGGUCAGUCUCGUUGUGUAUUUGACAUUAUAACUGAUGACGAAUCUUGGUUCUACCAUUAUGAUCCCGAAUUAAAAGAACAAUCAAAAGUUUGGAUGUCAACAACUGAUCCACGUCCAACCAAAAUUCAUCGAACUAAAAGUGCCGGGAAAAGAAUGGUGGCUUUUUUUUUCAUGAAAUCCGAUUUAAUUAAGUCCGUUCCAUUAGAAACAGGUGCAACAGUGAACACAAGCCGGUAUGUCAAUACAUGCUUACCACAAGUCUUCAAAGCUGUAUCUGAACGAAGAGAAACACGAGGUCUUCGAGGUCUCAUCUUUCAUGACGAUAAUGCAAGGCCGCAUCGAGCUUGGAUUACGAACGAAUUUUUGCUGGAAAAUCAUGUAGAACAGUAUCCAAAUCCACCAUAUUCUCCAGAUUUAAGUUCUUGUGACUUCUUCUUAUUCCAGAAGCUCAAGAAUCAGUUACGUGGUAUUCGGUUUAACGACGACAACGAAAUGUUAACUGCUUUACAACGAGUCAUUGACAGUCUCACGAAAGAAGACUUUAAAAACUGUUUCGAAGACUGGUUUAUUCGAAUGCAUAAAUGCAUUGAUACUGAAGGACACUACUUUGAAAAAAUAAAUUAA